GGGGGGGGGAGUAUAAGAAAAAAGAAAUAAUUUAGAGCAGCCAUCUUUGUUUUAUGCAGAAAUCUUUCUCUUUCAGUUCCCCCCCAGUGCCAGGAAUAUAUAAAUAUUGUUCAUCUAUGCAAUGAGCUGAGAGAUUCAAACAAGCAACAAUAAGGAGAAAAAUUAAGAGGGGGGGAUCUUUUUGUUGUUGUUGUGGCUGUUUUGGAUUGAUUGGGGGGGGCUGGGUUUUUUUGUUAACCUCAAGGAAGAGGUGUGUGUGUGGUGGGGGGGGUGACUUAAAAAUCAAGCCAGCCAUUUUGUGUUUUUUUUUCAAUAAAGAAAGGGGUGGGGGGGAUUUUUUUUCCCUUUUUUUCCCUCCUGGGGGGGUCUGUUUUAAAAAUAAUUUAAGGGCGGCCAUUUUUGUUCCUUGCUCUUGUGGCAAAUAUUAUGCUGAGCUGCCCCCUCAGAAUUUAAAUAUAUUUUAAACCUCUCUCUCGCUUCCUCCCCCCCUUUUAUAUUUUUAGAGGGGGGGAGGGGAAAAAGUUAGGGUUUUUUCCCUCUCUUUUUUUGAAUUCAUGGGACUUUUUCAGGCUCUUCUUUUUUUUAGUGACUGAGGUGAUCUGAAGGGGGGGGAGGAUUUUUGUGUGUGGUGAAGGGGGUUGUUCCCCCCCUUCUCUCUCUGUGUGUGUCCCUGCCCCCCCCCCCAGCACCACCAUGGCUUCCCCUCUGAGGGAGGACGAGGAAGAGGAGGAGGAGAUGGUGGUGUCUGAGGUGGAGGGGGAUGAAGAAGAAGAGGAGGAAGAGGAGGAGGAAGAAGGAGCAGGGGACAACAGCCCAGGCGACAUAUUCCCGCCCGCUGCUGCUCCACGGCCACCAGCAGCAUCAACUACACCAGCAGCUGCGGCUCCUCCAGACGAAGCAGAUGGGGAUCUCAGGAACCUGGAGAGCGCCCUGGGCGUCAAGAAGAAGAAAAGGGGUCCCCGCAAGCAGAAGGAGAACAAGCCAGGGAAGCCCCGGAAGCGCAAAAAAUUAGUGAGCGAGGAUGAGUUUGAGUCGGACCGGGAGGAGUUCCGGGAGAAAUCAGAGAGCGGAAGCAGCGACUACGGAGGGGUGGCCAAGAAGAAGCGGCGGAAGCACCGGGAGAAGAAGGAGAAGAAGACCAAACGCCGGAAAAAGCAGGUGGAGCAGAAAUCCUCGGCCCAGCUGCUCAUGACCUGGGGGCUGGAAGACGUGGACCAUGUGUUUUCCGAGGAAGAUUAUCACACACUCACCAACUACAAAGCCUUCAGCCAGUUCAUGAGGCCUCUCAUUGCCAAAAAGAACCCCAAGAUCCCCAUGUCCAAGAUGAUGACCAUCCUGGGCGCCAAGUGGCGGGAGUUCAGCGCCAACAACCCCUUCAAGGGCUCGGCCGCGGCUGUGGCGGCAGCAGCUGCAGCGGCGGCAGCAGCCGUGGCCGAGCAGGUGUCGGCGGCUGUGUCGGCCGUGGCUACCGAGCCGCAGCCGGCUCCCAUCCGCAAAGCCAAAACCAAAGAAGGGAAAGGGCCGGGUCACAAAAGGCGGAGCAAGAGCCCUCGUGUGCCAGAGAUGAAGAGGAAGAUGAAAGGGAAGAGGAUGGCUCCCCUGAAGAUCAAGCUGGGCAUGAUCGGUGGAAAGCGGAAAAAGAGCAGCUCGAGCGACGAGGUGGGCGAGAUGGAGGAAGAGUCUGACAUGGACAACUCCAGCGUCCACAGCUCCUCGGUGCGGUCCGACAGCUCGGGGCGGGUCAAGAAACUCAAGCGGGGCCGGCCUGGCAGGAAAAGGAAGAAGGCGAUCUCCACAAUCCCAAUCCAGGAUCGGGGCCCCGUGGUGCUGGGCGCUGCGCAGACGCAUGUGGCCGGCGAGGAGGAGGUGGACGGCUACGAGACGGACCACCAGGACUACUGUGAAGUGUGCCAACAGGGCGGCGAGAUCAUCCUCUGUGACACUUGCCCCAGGGCCUACCACCUGGUGUGUCUGGACCCUGAACUCGACAAGGCGCCUGAGGGCAAAUGGAGCUGUCCCCACUGCGAGAAGGAGGGGGUGCAGUGGGAAGCCAAGGAGGAAGACGAGGAGUACGAGGAGGAGCUGGAGGAGGAAGGCGAGAAGGAGGAGGAGGACGACCACAUGGAGUACUGCCGGGUCUGCAAGGACGGCGGGGAGCUGCUAUGCUGUGAUGCCUGUAUUUCCUCCUACCACAUCCACUGCCUCAACCCGCCGCUGCCCGAGAUCCCCAACGGCGAAUGGCUCUGCCCCCGCUGCACGUGCCCCGUGCUGAAGGGCCGGGUGCAGAAGAUCCUGCACUGGCGCUGGGGGGAGCCGCCCCCGCCCGUGCUGGUGCCCCGGCCCCCCGACGCCGACCCGGACGAGCCCUCGCCCAAGGCGCUGCAGGGGCGCUCGGAGCGGGAGUUCUUCGUCAAGUGGGUCGGCCAGUCCUACUGGCACUGCUCGUGGGCCAAGGAACUGCAGCUGGAGAUCUUCCACCUGGUGAUGUACCGCAACUACCAGCGGAAGAACGACAUGGACGAGCCGCCCCCACUGGACUACGGCUCCGGCGAGGACGACGGCAAGAGCGAGAAGCGGAAGAGCAAAGACCCGCUCUACGCCCAGAUGGAGGAGCGCUUCUACCGCUACGGCAUCAAGCCCGAGUGGAUGGCCAUCCACCGCAUCAUCAACCACAGCAUCGACAAGAAGGGGAACUACCACUACCUGGUGAAGUGGCGCGACCUGCCCUACGACCAGUCCACGUGGGAGGAGGACGAGAUGGCCAUCCCCGACUUCGACUUCCACAAGCACGCCUACUGGAGGCACAGGGAGCUGAUCAUGGGCGAGGACCCGGCCCAGCCCCGGAAGUACAAGAAGAAGAAGAAAGAGAUGCCGGCCGAGGGCCCCCCGAACUCCCCCACCAACGAUCCCACGGUGAAGUACGAGACCCAGCCGCGGUUCAUCACCUCCACGGGCGGGACCCUGCACAUGUACCAGCUGGAGGGGCUCAACUGGCUGCGCUUCUCCUGGGCCCAGGGCACCGACACCAUCCUGGCCGACGAGAUGGGCCUGGGCAAGACCAUCCAGACCAUCGUCUUCCUCUACUCCCUCUACAAGGAGGGUCACACCAAAGGCCCCUUCCUGGUCAGCGCCCCGCUCUCCACCAUCAUCAACUGGGAGCGGGAGUUCCAGAUGUGGGCGCCCAAGUUCUACGUGGUGACCUACACGGGCGACAAGGACAGCCGCUCCAUCAUCCGCGAGAACGAGUUCUCCUUCGAGGACAACGCCAUGAAGGGCGGGAAGAAGGCUUUCAAGAUGAAGAGGGAAGCUCAGGUGAAGUUCCACGUGCUGCUCACGUCCUACGAGCUGGUCACCAUCGACCAGGCGGCGCUGGGCUCCAUCCGCUGGGCCUGCCUGGUGGUGGACGAGGCUCACCGUCUGAAGAACAACCAGUCCAAGUUCUUCAGGGUGCUGAACGGUUACAAGAUCGACCACAAGCUGCUGCUGACAGGGACGCCACUGCAGAACAACCUGGAGGAGCUGUUCCACCUGCUCAACUUCCUCACGCCGGAGCGCUUCAAUAACCUGGAGGGCUUUCUGGAGGAGUUUGCUGACAUCUCCAAGGAGGACCAGAUCAAGAAGCUGCACGACCUGCUCGGCCCUCACAUGCUUCGGCGCCUCAAGGCCGACGUCUUCAAGAACAUGCCGGCCAAGACGGAGCUGAUCGUGCGGGUGGAGCUGAGCCCCAUGCAGAAGAAAUACUACAAAUACAUCCUGACCCGCAACUUUGAGGCCCUGAACUCCCGGGGAGGCGGCAACCAGGUCUCCUUGCUCAACAUCAUGAUGGACCUCAAGAAGUGCUGCAACCACCCCUACCUCUUCCCUGUGGCUGCAAUGGAAUCCCCCAAGCUGCCCAGCGGUGCCUAUGAGGGCGGCGCCCUCAUCAAAUCCUCCGGCAAGCUGAUGCUGUUACAGAAGAUGUUGCGGAAGCUGAAGGAGCAGGGCCAUCGGGUGCUGAUCUUCUCUCAGAUGACAAAAAUGCUGGACCUGCUGGAGGAUUUCCUGGACUACGAAGGCUACAAGUACGAGCGGAUCGACGGCGGGAUCACUGGAACGUUGCGGCAGGAAGCCAUUGACAGAUUCAACGCUCCCGGGGCCCAGCAGUUCUGCUUCCUGCUCUCGACCCGGGCCGGGGGUUUGGGCAUCAACCUGGCCACCGCAGACACGGUGGUCAUCUUCGAUUCGGACUGGAACCCCCACAAUGACAUUCAGGCCUUCAGCCGGGCUCACCGCAUCGGCCAGGCCAACAAGGUGAUGAUCUACCGGUUCGUGACGCGGGCCUCGGUGGAGGAGCGGAUCACGCAGGUGGCCAAGCGGAAGAUGAUGCUGACCCACCUGGUGGUGCGCCCAGGGCUCGGCUCCAAGGCCGGCAGCAUGUCCAAGCAGGAGCUGGACGACAUCCUGAAAUUCGGCACCGAGGAACUCUUCAAGGAUGAGAACGAGGGGGAGAACAAGGAAGAGGACAGCAGCGUGAUCCACUACGACAACGAGGCCAUCGCCCGGCUGCUCGACCGCAACCAGGACGCCACCGACGACGCCGACGUGCAGAACAUGAACGAGUAUCUCAGCUCCUUCAAGGUGGCACAGUACGUGGUGCGGGAGGAGGACAAGAUCGAGGAGAUCGAGCGGGAGAUCAUUAAGCAGGAGGAGAACGUGGACCCCGACUACUGGGAGAAACUCCUGCGCCAUCACUACGAGCAGCAGCAGGAGGACCUGGCCCGGAACCUGGGGAAGGGCAAACGGGUCCGGAAACAGGUCAACUACAACGAUGCCGCCCAGGAAGACCAAGACAAUCAGUCCGAGUACUCGGUGGGAUCGGAAGAGGAAGACGAAGACUUCGACGAGAGGCCGGAAGGACGGCGCCAGUCCAAACGCCAGCUCCGCAACGAGAAAGACAAACCUUUGCCACCACUGCUGGCCCGAGUCGGGGGCAACAUCGAGGUGUUGGGGUUCAACACACGCCAGCGCAAGGCCUUCCUGAACGCCGUCAUGCGCUGGGGGAUGCCCCCCCAGGACGCCUUCACCACCCAGUGGCUGGUCCGGGACCUGCGAGGCAAGACAGAGAAGGAGUUCAAGGCCUACGUCUCCCUCUUCAUGAGGCACCUGUGCGAGCCCGGGGCAGACGGCUCAGAGACCUUUGCCGACGGCGUGCCCAGGGAGGGGCUGUCCCGGCAGCAGGUCCUGACACGCAUCGGUGUCAUGUCGCUGGUGAAGAAGAAGGUGCAGGAAUUUGAGCACAUCAACGGGCGGUGGAGCAUGCCCGAGCUGAUGCCCGACCCCAGCGCCGACUCCAAGCGGUCGUCCCGCGCCUCUUCGCCAACCAUCAAGACCUCCACCACCACCCCCGAGCCCAGCUGCACCAACACGCCCUGCACCUCCAAGCCAGCCACGCCAGCCCCCAGCGAGCGCGGGGAUGGGACGGGGCCCCUGGCCGAGAAGGAGGAGCCGGAGAGCAAGGAGCCAGAGAAGGAGCCGAAGAGCGGCGAGCGGACGGAGACGGAGGGCCCUGCUCUGGAGCAGCCAACGCCCACCACCUCCCCCGGGGAGAAGAGCGAGCCAGAGGCAGCCAAGAAAGCGGACGAGGACGAGCCCAUGGGGCUGGGGGAGAAGGAGCCGGAGGCAGAGCUCUCGGUCAAGGAGGAGAAGGAGAAGUCGGGUGCCGGGCCGGAAGAGCCCGCAGCGGAGAAAGCCGAGGAGAGACCUGCUGACACCGACGAGCCCAAGGAGAAGGGGGACGGGGAGGGGCCGGAGGUGAAGAAAGAAGAGGUGAAGGUGGAGAAGGAAGCUGGCAAGGAGCCCAAGGCGGGCAGCAUCAAGGAGGAGAGCAAGGCCAACGGGCGGAAGGAGGACAAGGCCGACAAGCCCCGGUUCAUGUUCAACAUCGCGGAUGGCGGCUUCACAGAGCUGCACACGCUGUGGCAGAACGAGGAGCGGGCGGCCAUCUCCUCCGGGAAGCUGAAUGAGAUCUGGCACCGGCGCCAGGACUACUGGCUGCUGGCUGGCAUCGUUCUGCAUGGCUACGCCCGCUGGCAGGACAUCCAGAACGACGCCCAGUUCACCAUCAUCAACGAGCCCUUCAAAACCGAGGCCAACAAGGGGAAUUUCCUGGAGAUGAAGAACAAGUUCCUGGCCAGGAGGUUCAAGCUCCUGGAGCAGGCACUGGUGAUCGAGGAGCAGCUGCGCCGAGCCGCCUACCUGAACAUGACCCAGGACCCCAGCCACCCGGCCAUGGCGCUCAACACCCGCUUUGCCGAGGUCGAGUGUCUGGCCGAGAGCCACCAGCACUUGUCCAAGGAGUCCCUGGCUGGCAACAAGCCUGCCAACGCCGUCCUUCACAAGGUGCUCAACCAGCUGGAGGAGCUGCUGAGCGACAUGAAGGCCGACGUGACGCGCCUGCCGGCCACGCUGUCCCGCAUCCCGCCCAUCGCCGCCCGCCUCCAGAUGUCCGAGCGCAGCAUCCUUAGCCGCCUGGCCAACAAGGGCAACGAGACGCAGACCACCCCGGCCUUCCCACCGGGCCCAUACGCCACCCCCCAGAGCUUCGGGGGUUCCUUCAGCGCCGGAGCCCUGCCCACGGCGGGCGCCAACUACAGCCAGAUGCCAGCUGGGUCCUUCAUCACAGCCGCCACCAACGGCCCCCCGGUGCUGGUGAAGAGGGAGCGGGACGCUGACCCCCUGGAGAAGAAGGAGCCCCGGGCCGGCGAGGUGAUCUGUAUCGACGACUGAGGGGGACCCCUCCCCUCCGCGGGCAGGGGCAGCCCCCUUCCUCUCUCUCUCUUUCCCCGGGGGGGGCAUGAUACCUGCCCAACCCCCGCUCUGUCCAGACGGGACCCCGCUUCCCCCCCCCCGGGGGGUGGGUACGUAGCCUGGGUGGGUGACGGAGGGGUCCAGUCCUGGGACCCCCGCCCUGCCGGCUACUCUAUAAAUAUGAAUAUAUAUAUAUAUAUACACACAUACUGUAUGGGGUGCCCCCCGCCAGCCCCCCAGGCCCUCCCCUCGGCACCCCACUGUGGGGGUGGCCCCCCCCGCCUGGGAAGGUCACCCCCCAUUCCAAAGCGGGGCAGGGGGGCAGUUCUACCUCGCUGCAGUCUGGCUGGAGGGGGGCGGGGCGGGUGGGGGCGCGCCAGGAGUCACUCCGGAUUGUCGGCAGUUCGCAUCACUUCUUGUUUAAACCGCGCGGAAUAAAGGCACCGUUUCCUUGGCUACA